UGACAAACUCAAUGCUCGUCCGGGCCAAAAAGCCAAAAUAAAGCAUCCGACCAGAAAUUUCUCCAUUUCUCUACCUCUCUAAAUUUCGAGCGACCAUUUCUUUAUUUCUCUGGAAUUCGAGAGAGCUUGAACGUUGAAGUUUGAAGUCACAGAUUUUUCUUAGUUUCUUGUACGACGUUGCUCAGGUUAAGCAUUAACCAUGUUCUGGAAAAAGCAGUCUAGUAGCAAUCGUGAGGAGAAUUCAGCGGAGAAAGAUGCUAAGGUCAGAGAACUAGGGACUGCCAUUGGACCUCAAACUGGACGCAGCUUAAAGUACUGUUCAGAUGCUUGUCUAAGGAGAUACCUGGAAGCCCGAAAUUGGUAUGUUAACAAGGCUAAGAAAAUGUUGGAGGAGUCACUAAAGUGGAGAGCAACUUAUAAGCCAGAAGAAAUCCGUUGGCAUGAAGUAGCACAUGAAGGUGAGACUGGCAAAGUCUCCAGAGCAAAUUUUCAUGAUCGACUGGGGAGAACUGUCCUUAUAAUGAGGCCCGGAAUGCAGAACUCGGCGUCUCCUGAGGGAAACAUCCGUCAUCUAGUUUAUCUGAUAGAAAAUGCCGUUCUGGACUUGCCAGAAGGCCAAGAGCAGAUGUCAUGGCUCAUAGACUUCAACGGUUGGUCAUUGAACACUAACAUUGCCAUCUCAACAGCCCGAGAUAUAAUUUAUGUUCUACAGAACCAUUACCCAGAGAGACUUGGUUUAAUAAUUCUGUAUAGCCCACCUAGAAUUUUCGAGGCAUUUUGGAAGGUCGUCAGAUACUUCGUGGAUCCAAAAACUUUUCAGAAGAUACAUUUUGUGUAUCCAAACAACAAAAGUAGCAUGGAGCUGAUGAAGACCUUUUUUGACGCUGAAAACCUCCCCAGUGAGUUCGGAGGAAAGGCUACCCUGAAGUAUGAUCAUGAAGAAUUUUCAAGAUUGAUGGUCGAGGAAGAUGUAAGAACUGCUAAAUACUGGGGAUUUGACAUUACACCACUGAAUGGCAUAAAUGGCAACUCUGAAGCUGUUGUGAUUCCUGAACCGGGGAGUCUUGCGUCAGCUGCAAGCUGAGUAAAAAUGUCUUGAUUGAUGAAAUCAAGAAACAAAUAAAUGUAUCAUGCAAGCGAAUUACGUUUUCCUGCCCUUGCUUGGCAGUUAAAACCCUUUUGCCAUAUUAACCUGCAAUGACGAGUUAAAUGAUUCAAUAACUGAGUACCAUCCCGAGGUAGUUUAUCCACCUUCAGUAUCUGUUUUAACUCGCACUAGCUGACUGAAAAACGUGAAUAUGGUGGAAACCAA